AUGUCGCCCACGGUGGAACUACGCGCCUCAUCAUCUCCUCUUCGUGUCCGCCUCGACGCUGCCCUCUGGCUCGGCGGCCCCUGCGGCCUCCCCCGCCUGCCCGGCGUCCGCGCCGGCCUCCGCCGCCCCAUCGCUGCUGUCGCCCGGUGGGUCGGCCACGAUUGCGGACUCGGCUCCCGCAGCGCCGCCCUCCGCCGCACCUCCGUCGCGGCCUCGACACCUUCUGGCGCAUCCUCACCGGUGGCUGCGGGCUCACCACAUGCGGGCUCCGACACUGCAUACCUGCUCCUCUACGUCGAUGACAUCAUCCUGACGACAUGUACGGCUGGCCUCCUCAGUCAGAUCACUGAUCAUCUUCGCGCUGAGUUUGCCAUCAAGGACUUUGGUCCUUUGCACUACUUCCUUGGUGUUGGGGUGGUGCGUCAUCCUGAUGGCUUCUUCCUUCACCAGCGGAAGUACGCUCAUGAGCCUCUCGACCGUGCUGGCAUGCUUAAUUGCAAGCCCGCCGCCACGCCUUACCUCGCCCUCUCUCGACCGGAGCUCCAGUACGCAGUUCAGCAGGUGUGUCUUCACAUGCAUGCUCCUCGGGACGUUCAUUGGGCCGCUGUCAAGCGGAUUCUCCGCUAUAUCUGUGGCACUAUGGAUCUCGGCAUCAUGUUGCACGCCUCCACCGACACCGUCCUCACCGCAUACUCCGAUGCUGACUGGGUCGGCUGCCCCGACACCCGUCGCUCCACUUCGGGCUACUGUGUUUUCCUUGGACCAUCGCUUAUCUCGUGGUCGUCCAAGCGGCAGCCUACGGUCUCCCAUUCCAGCACUGAGGCUGAGUAUCGCGCUGUGGCGAACGUCGUCACUGAGUGCUCGUGGCUUCGUCAGCUGCUCCAGGAGCUUUCAUGUCAUGUCGACAGGGCAACGGUGGUCUACCGCGACAACGUCUCGGCUGUCUACCUCUCCGCCAACUCGGUUCAUCAUCGUCGUACCAAGCAUAUUGAGUUAGAUAUUCAUUUUGUUCGGGAUCAGGUGGCUCUUGGCCAUAUUCGUGUUCUACACGUUCCUACUUCCCAACAAUUUGCAGAUAUUAUGACCAAGGGCUUGCCUACGGCGUCAUUCGAGGAGUUCUGA